CAGGAUGGCAAGAGGGAGCUAGCCAGCCAACAUUUUGAGAGGUCCUGUGCUAGGAGAAUGUCAGGAAAUGCCAUUGCAUGCAUAUAAUAUGCCAGAAGAAUCCGUCUGACCACUGCGGGAAUCAGAAUGCUGGACCAAAUAGACAUUUGAUUCAAUCCAGGAAGGCUCAUCUUCCAUACUUGCAGAAAAAAGAUGAAAAAUAUUUCUAAAAUCACCUGUUCCAGGUCUGAUCAACCAGGAAUCAAGCUGAUGCUCAUAUUUCUACGCAGGCACGUUUUUACCAGAAGAAUGCGUAUGAUUGGCGUUUGCACUGCCUCACUUGGUUCUCUUGGCCUGAUGCGUUUUUUUGGCUUGGCCUGGUCAUGGAGUAUUGCAGUUGCUCUGGGGAUUUACAUUGGCACUGGUGGCUGGACAUUUCUCCGGAUCAUCUUUAAAACAGCCUUGAGAGAUCUCCUGGGGCUGUCAGUGCUCAUACAGGUUAAAUAUAAAUUGUACUGGCACCGGAAAGCCAAGAGCAAUGUCCCCAAGAUAUUCCAGGAUGUGGUCCGCCGACAUCCAGAAAAAGUGGCCUUUAUCUAUGAAGCUACUGAUGAGAAAUGGACUUUCCGGCACCUGGAUGAAUAUUCUAAUGCUGUGGCCAACUUCUUCUACCAGCAAGGCUUUCGAGUUGGUGAUGUCAUUGCCAUCUUUAUGGAGAGUCGACCUGAGUUUGUAGGCUUCUGGCUAGGGAUGGCCAAAGUGGGCAUCGAGGCAGCCCUCAUCAACUUCAACUUGCGUCUUGAUUCUCUGACUUACUGUGUGAAAACAUCAGGGGCAAAAGCCAUCAUCUUUGGCGGAGAGCUGUCAACAGCAAUAUCUGAAGUGAAUGGGACAUUGGGGAAAAAUAUGGUCAAGUUCUGCUCUGGAGACUUCAAAACUGAAUUGGUUCCUCCAGGCACCAAACACCUGGACCCUCUUCUGGCUAAGGCAUCAACAUCUCCUACAGCUCAGGUUCCAGCCAAAGGAUUAGAUGAACAGCUGUCUCGGAGACAAGUAGUUUGCCAAGAUCGGCUGUUCUACAUCUACACCUCUGGCACAACUGGAAUGCCCAAGGCUGCCAUUGUGGUGCAUAGCAGAUAUUACCGAAUAGCAGCUUUUGGUUAUUAUGCCUACAGAAUGACCCCCAAUGACAUAAUCUAUAACUGUCUACCACUGUAUCACUCAGCAGGGAAUAUCAUGGGUGCUGGCCAGUGUGUGAUCCAUGGCCUGACUGUAGUGAUUAGGAAGAAAUUUUCUGCCAGUCGCUUCUGGGAUGACUGUGUGAAAUACAAGUGCACAAUUAUCCAGUAUAUUGGGGAGAUCUGCAGGUAUCUGCUGAACCAACCGGUGCGGGAGGCAGAGAAACACCACCAAGUGCGACUGGCAAUAGGAAAUGGUUUGAGGCCUACCAUAUGGGAAGACUUCACCCAACGCUUCCAAAUUAAACAGAUUGGGGAAUUUUAUGGGGCUACAGAGUGUAACUGUAGCAUUGCUAAUUUGGAUGGAAAGGUUGGUGCCUGUGGCUUCAACAGCCGGAUUUUGCCAAAUGUGUAUCCUAUUCGCUUGGUAAAAGUAAAUGAGGAUACCAUGGAAUUGAUAAGGAAAGAGAAUGGACUAUGCAUCACCUGCCGCCCAGGAGAACCAGGACUACUUGUGGGUCGAAUAAACCAGGAGGAUCCUUUGCGUAGGUUUGAUGGCUAUGUCAAUGAGAAUGCGACCAACAAGAAGAUUGCUUACAAUGUCUUCCAGAAAGGGGACCAGGCUUACCUUUCAGGAGAUGUACUAGUGAUGGAUGAACUUGGCUACAUGUAUUUCAAAGACCGGAGUGGGGACACGUUCCGUUGGCGUGGGGAGAAUGUCUCUACCACAGAGGUUGAAGGAAUCCUGAGCCACAUCCUCAGCAAGACAGAUGUUGCUGUUUAUGGAGUUGAAGUGCCAGGAGUAGAAGGCAAGGCAGGAAUGGCAGCCAUUGCUGAUCCUGAAGCCAAGUUAAACCCUAACGUGCUGUACCUAGAGAUGCAGAAAGUACUGCCCCCUUAUGCACGACCCAUCUUCCUCCGGCUCUUGCCCCAGGUUGACACUACAGGCACUUUCAAAAUUCAGAAAACACGUUUGCAAAGGGAAAGCUACAACCCACACCAGACAUCUGAUCGAUUAUAUUUCUUGGAUGUAAAACUUGGCAAGUACCUACCUGUGGAUGAGUGCGUAUUUGAGAGGAUCCAGGCUGGAAAAGUGUCUCUGUGAUUUCAUCAGCAAAAGCCACUAGUGAAGAGUUUGCCACUGGAGGGUUUUGCUUGGCUAGAGAAACAAACUUGGCUAAACAAGUGAAGCAAGGUUUCCAUUCAGAACAUCUGCAGUAGGGACAAAAACUAGCAAGGCACAGGGAGUAAAGUUGCCAUCAUCUUUUUAAAAAGCACAUUAACUGUUUCCUGAGCAAAGGUGGUGGCCCCUUUCUACUGUUCAGUCUUUAGAAUGGUUUUUCUUCCCCUUCCUCUAUGUAACCAUUGCAUUUUAAGACACUGUGUGAAGCAAGACAGAUUUAUGGUCCCCAUUAUUACAUUGUUAAAGCCCUCAAUACGUUGGUGUGACUGAGCCUGCAAUAGCACUGGUGGACUUGCCUUCUGCCAUGUGUCUCAGCUGGAUUUUCCUUACUUAAGGCAAUAGCACAAUUGCUGUGGAGCGUCUUCAGUUGUUUUGGGAUUUCCAGCUUCCUAAUCUACACAUUUAUAGUCCCUCCAGUUGUCAUCACUCUGAAAUGUACCCAUGUUUAGGUAGAACUUUAAUGGACUGACUUUCAAAAUGCAAUAUCAUUUUAUCUGCAGAGACUUUGAUCUUAAAAAUAAAAUGACUAAUUUGAUGAAGUAACAACAAAGUUGGUAUUAAAAAUGUUAUAUUAAAGCAAAAACAAAUUUGGGCUGAAAAAUGCACAGGAAACACCCUUCUAAUCCAUUGUGGUGCUUGAAAGCUUCCACACAAUGACAGAAGAUUAAUAAAAUACUUUGUAUCCUUGUAGGGGAAGCCAUUGUGCUUUGGUUUACAUGUCCACUUUUGAACAUUGCAACAUUUCAGAUUACUUGACGUUGAUCCAGAAUCUUGGAAAACAGGGUGAUAAUCCUGAGAACAAAGUCUGGUAACGUUUGUUUUCGUUUCUCUGAUCCACACUGCUCUCUGUAGGAGGUGUGGCAGCUGCUCAAAGCAAGUUGCAACAUAAUCCUAACAUUCACCUUCCAUCAGUACACAACUGUGGGUAUUACUAACUCUACCGUUUUUUCUAGUGCAAUUUCUGUAGAUGGCACAAAGCAUUUUAUUUAAAACAAGGAAGACAGAAGGGAUACUGAGACUUGUGAGUGACCAUACCUUCAAAGUUGCUGUGAUUCCUUCUUGUGAUUAUGUUGCUGUGGAAGACCUGUACCACUAAUGCAGCUAUUCCAAGGAUAUCCUAGUUAACUUCUAUGGAAUUGAUUAUUUUACUGGGAUGUUCCCGUACUCUUCUUUCUGUGCCCUUUUCCCUUUAAUAACCCUUCUUCUCUUUCAUAAAAAUGUAACUUUGCACAAAACCAUUUUACAAAGACUUCUGUGCAGUGUUAGGUUGUAUAAUAGAGCACCAUACAGUACUAGUAGGGCCAUUGUAAAGUAAUGGUUCUGAAACCAGUGGAAUGUGUGCUUUCCCUUUUUUAUUAGACCCAGAAUGUGCCUUUCAUCAGAGCCAGACAGAGCAGGUUAACAUUUGUAAUAAAUUUAGCUUUGUUAUUAAUCCUCAGAAAAAGGCACCUACAGCUAACUGAGCCCUGUUGUUUGGAGAAAAGCACAUAGGUUUUUUUAAGGCUAUAUAGUUCAUGGUUUGAACAGAAAUCAUGCACUAACAGUUACAUUUUCAGAUGGAGUCACUAUUGUCAAAGUAUAACUUUGUUUUGAAAAUAAAAAACGAAGAAAGCUUAA